UUUGGACAAACUCUUCAUCAGCCUUCAAACCCUUAAAUUUUUAUCAGUUGUCAGGCGUCUUACAACGCACGUUUUUUACUUUCCCUGUCGUUUUCGAAGAGAACAAUGGCUUUGGUAUUUUUCAUGUCCGCCAAGACAGAUCUUCGUGCUCUACUUAUAGUCUGCAACUUCUCUUGAAUCUCUUCUGGUAUAGACAUGGCAGAAAUGGCGAGCAACGAAUCAGCUUCACCCUUACUAGGGGAAGCGAACACCACUUUGCUGCUGCAAAAUCGCCCACCUUCAUCAACGUCUAUUCCAUUGAAAGGCCACCAAGGCCUCGCUCAAAGGGUUUGGAUUGAAUCAAAGAAGCUCUGGCACGUAGCUGGACCCUCAAUUUUCAGCCGUCUACUUUCCUAUUCCAUACUCGUCAUCACCCAAGCAUCCGCCGGCCAUCUCGGUGACCUCGAGCUCGCUGCCAUGUCCAUUGUCAUAAAUGUCAUUGUGGGACUCGACGUCGGACUCAUGCUGGGUAUGGCAAGCGCCUUAGAAACACUAUGUGGGCAAGCUUACGGGGCCAAGAAGUACAGCAUGCUGGGGGUUUACCUACAACGUUCAUGGAUCGUUCUCUUGACGUGUUGUGUUGUGCUUUUGCCUGUGUUUCUGUAUGCUUCGCCAGUGUUGAAGCUUCUGGGCCAGCCACCUGAGAUAGCAGAGAUGUGUGGUGUUUUGUCUGUGUGGAUGAUCCCUCUUCACUUCAGCAUGGCGAUCCAGUUCCCUCUGUGGAGGUUUCUGCAGUGCCAGUUGAAGGCAGGUGUGAUUGCUUGGGUGUGCUUAUUGACACUGGCUUUUCAUAUUGUCGUGACUUGGUUAUUUGUGUACAAACUUGAGCUUGGAGUUAUUGGAUCAGCUGCAACUAUAAAUAUAUCAUGGUGGAUUAUGAAUUUAGGGCUUCUGGUUUACGCUUGUUGUGGAUGUUGCCCUCUUUCAUGGACUGGUUUCUCCAUUGAUGCUUUUUCUGGCUUAUGGGAAUUCCUCAAACUCUCUGUUGCUUCUGGGAUCAUGCUCUGCUUGGAGAAUUGGUAUUAUAGAAUACUGGUAUUGAUGACAGGAAAUCUUGACAACGCCCAGGUUGCUAUCGAUGCUUUGUCAAUAUGCAUGGGUAUAAAUGCUUGGGAGAUGAUGAUUCCUAUGGCGUUUUUGGCUGCGACUGGAGUGAGGGUUUCGAAUGAGCUUGGAGCUGGGAAUGGAGAAGGAGCCAAGUUUGCAACGAUAGUUUCAGUGGCGUCAUCGACGAUAAUAGGCGUAGUGAUAUGUGUCUUAAUUAUGAUCUUUCACAACCAAAUCAGCCUUCUCUUCUCUUCAAGCAAGCCUGUUCUUGAGGAAGUCAAGAAGCUCUCUCUUCUGCUAGUCUUCACAAUUCUGCUCAACUGCGUUCAACCUGUACUCUCAGGAGUGGCUGUGGGGUCAGGUUGGCAGUCCUACGUGGCAUACAUAAACGUCAUCUGCUACUAUCUCAUCGGCUUGCCUUUAGGAUUUCUGACCGGCUGGGUCUUCCAUCUGGGGGUCAUGGGUAUCUGGGCAGGGAUGAUAUUUGGUGGUACAGGAACUCAGACACUAAUAUUGGCCUUCAUCACUGUUCGCUGCAACUGGGACACACAGGCAGAGGAAGCAAGCUUGCAGAUAAGGAAGAUGGAAGAUCAGAAGCCAGAAAAGAAUAUGACAAUGGAUCAGAACAACGAGAGAAGCAGGUCUUCUCCUUCUUCGUUACCCUGAUGGAAAAAAAAAACAAAAGAAUAUUUGAGUCGCUCUCGUAGAUGAAUGUUUCCUCGAUCUUCAGUUUGUUGUUUGUGAAUGGUCCAACUCCAACCCAACUGUCUGUCUUCAAUGCUUUUUAUUUGAUUUGAUACAGCCUGCAUUAUAUUUAUUAUAUGAUCGAUA